ACGUCUGUUAGAACUGAACCAAUGUCUGACUGGCGAUGACAGGUGAAAAACACUGCGGAUGAGAAACAAUUUGAUUUGAACGAUACAUAUAUAAACCUACCAAUUGAUUCACUACAUCUACCACCUUCGACUUGAAUGAGAGGUCUUUUGGGAUUCUUUCGAAAUCUUGGUUAAGAGAUGCCCUAGUGUGCCCUUGUCAGAUCAGUUCAAGUCAUGCGGGUGUAUGCGAUACGGGAUUGACUUGGAUUGUUCCAUUAAAAAUUGUUCUUGACUCACAUUUUGUGGAGGUCAUCUCUCAUACAUUGCACAUGGCAUCUGCUCCUGAUCUGGAUACAUCUACAAUGCCUCUUCUUGGAGUGGAGAAGGAAAAGAAGAGAGGUUUCAGCUUCAAGUCGUUCUUUAUCGCUUUCAGAUCUUCGCUCCCAAUCCAUGAAAGCAAAAUAAGUAUGAACUCAGACACAAAGGCUUUUCAAGGUGAUGCAUACAAUGGCUCGGAGUGGGUAGCAGAUGAUCAAGCACCCCUUGUCACGCGAAAGUCAAUGACAAGAGCAACCACGAAAACAAAUACACGUGACAUGAAGCAAACAACCAGUUCAUGAUAAAGAUGGGGAAAAAUUUAGCCCAAUCCAAAUUGGGAAUGAGAUUCGUCGCUCGGGUGAUUGUGAUCUUGUAUUCCAUGUUGAGCUUGUGUACAAUCUCCAAGAUAUGCUGUGGUGAGCUGUAAGACUAUAUGGUUCAAAGAUUUGCCAAAUAAUUUUAGUAAUGAGAUUGGAAUAAAGUAGAAAGGAUUAGGUUCUAAGUCCUUUUUUGUCGAGUGAUAUGUCACUGCUCAACUUAUAUCUUGUCAUAGUCAUUUGUACAAUAAAUUUACGUAAUUUUGAUCUUA